UCUUAUCAUUCCUCAUUGUCAUUUAAAAAGGUUAGAGGACAGUUAUGGAGUCACCUUGGUCAAUUGUGGGGAUAACUUCUGCAGCGGCGUUAGGGGUGUACUGUGUCUUCAGUUAUACAAGAAGAAGUCCAUAUAGGUUGCCUCCCAAACCCCUUGGAUGGCCAGUUAUAGGGAAUAUUCCUCAGCUGGUCGGGGGAAAGGGCGUGUACUACAAACUGCUGGCGUUUAGAGAACGGUACGGUGAUCUUUUCCGUGUACAGAUGGGCCAACAUACGCUUUUUGUCGUAUUUGGACGAAGGUAUUUUCAUGAACUGUUGAUUGAAAAGGGAGAUCUUGUGUCGAAUAGACCGAGCUGGCUUUAUACCCCUCAUCAACUAACUUUUGGAAAAGGAAUUAUAUGGAGUAAUGGAAAGGCAUGGCAAAGUAUGCAGGCGUUAUUGAGAAAGACACAGGAAGACUCCAAAUGUGUGUCCGCUCUCCAGCGCCACCUAACGGCAGAGUAUGAGGAGUUCAAAAAUCUCUUCAAGGACAAGUCCUCAACUUACAGUUUGGAUUAUUUGAUCCGCCAAGCGUCUUUCAACUUUCUCUCAGCUUUCUUGAUCGGAAAAAGAUUUGGAUACAGCGAUUCGACUAUUAAUGAAAUGAGAGACAAAAUAGAAAGUUAUGGAUUUUCAAUGGCAACAGUUAAUAUAGAAAAUUACAUUCCUUUGUUGGCUUUCCUAAACAAAUCAAAGAUACAAAAGGCUACAGACGAUCAGGAUUUUGUGUAUGGAAUCCUUCAAGAAAAUUUAGAAGAGCGUCGGCGAUUGACCAGCGAUACGCCAGAAAGUUUCCUCGAAAUGUAUCUAGCACAGCCAGAGGGCGAACGACUGAAAGAGGGGAUGAGCGAGUUGGACGCCUUGAGGGCCAUUAUAGACAUGUAUGUCGGUGGAAGGGACAACCUCAUUACGUAUACCAAAUGGAUGCUGAUGACCUUAGCAAAAUACCCGGAUAUACAGUCAAAAUGUCGUGCUGAGAUUCUAGAGGUAGUCGGGAGGGAUCGUCGCAUCCAGCUAGAAGAUAGAGUAAAAACUCCAUACACUUUGGCUACUGUAAAGGAAUUACUACGCAUGCGUGCUCCAGUGGUUCUUGCGCCUUUUCACACGCCUACUCAGGAUAUAACACUGGGUGAGUUCGAUAUCCCGAAGGGCAGCAUCAUUCUGGUGGACUGCAAGGCCCCGAAUUAUGAUAAGGCUUGGAGUGACCCGGAAGUGUUUAAACCAGAGAGGUUCCUUGGUGUUUCUGAACAGCAGUUACCGAAAUCCUGCUUUGUCCCGUAUGGAACAGGUCCCCGGUACUGCAUGGGAAGGUAUGUAAGCGAUAUUUUCGAGUAUUUGUUUACGGCCAACAUUCUUCAGGAUUUCCAGAUAAUGACCAAAAACCCAGACAAAGAGCUUUCGAUGGAGGACAUCUUUGACAUAUUUGGACUUCGACCUCAACAUUUUGACGAAAUCGUAAUGAAACCAUUGGAAUAAUCGACUUUUGUUCAGUCU